AUGUUCUCCCAGCCGUCUACUAGUGCUGCCCCGUACUCGCCUCCACCACCGAAUGCUUCCAGAGUAGCGCCUCCCAUGCUCUCUUAUUCCCAAUCCAACCCGAUUGAUCUUACUCUUGACGAGGACGAGGAUGGGGACGACAAUGGCAACGAUGCCUAUCAUUCCUCCGACAGGAAGUGCAAGCGCACCUGCACCAGUUCCCGUAGUUUCAAUGCCUCCAGCGACUAUUCUCGCGAUGACAUUGACUCGCACUACCAGCCUCACCAAUCAUCUGGUCUUUCUCCUGUGAUGUCUGCAUCCACUUUACUUCCUCCUAUUGCACAGCAUCCUUCUUGGUUGUCGCACCAGAUGUCUACAGGACCGGUCCCGCCCAUUCCUAAUACCAUCCAACCCCCACCAUUCACGGGCCCCUCUAAUUCUUCGGCCUUCUUUCCUCCACGGCCAAAGCCUGCGUACAAUUCUCCACCAUCCAAUCGGCACCGGCUAUCGCCACAAUCCAAUGCUGACUUUUCUCAUCUGUCCGCUAGUACCUCCCGUCAGGUUAUUGAUCUCACAAAUUCCCCAUCCCCAUCGCCACCCCCCGCGACUCCCUUGCUCAUGCACCAUCAACAAGGUAAUUUGCCCAACGAUCUGCCUCCAAAGACGCCGGUAUGUAUCGGCCAGCUGACGGUCACUGCUCUCGUGCUGUACCCUAUUCCAUACCUGCUCUUCAAGGAGCCACAGUCGGCGGGGCCUGAUACAGAAUGGGCCCCAGUGCGUCUGAGCUACGAGCAUACGCCUCACAAGGCCACUGGCCAGGAGACAAUACACAUCAAGACCCCUUCUGCAAAGCUUCCGACUGGAGAGAUUAUUCAAGGAGAGAAUUUUGCUGUGGUUGAACAGAAAGCCGCGACAUUUCUUGGACCUAUGUUGGGGAAGGGUCUGAUUCGCUUGGAUGCGAAGAAAGCAAAGCUGCCGAUUUUGCCGUUGCAAUUAUUGGUAUAUACACCUAAAGGAAAUAUUCCUGUUGUUGCAAAUUACUUGCAUCAGUCUGGACUUCUCUUAGAUCACCCAUCCAUACCAUCGGACCAUCAGCGUCUUCUUACCCAAUAUUAUUUCAAUCCUCAUAAUCCGCCCCCAGGCGGACAUGCUCGCAGUCCGGCAGGCCUGAGUAAUCGACUAGGAUAUGCCGGGCCUGGAGGCGCGAGCGGAGGCAGAUGGAGCACGCCGUUAGUUUCUGGCAAGAGCGUGGAAGUUCAGCGGAGCCAAGUAGAUGAAUUGUUCAAAAAUUUGAAAGACGGCGACGAACUUCAAGAGACCGAAGCCCCUUCUGAGGUCGCUACGAAGCUGUAUCCACAUCAAAAGAAAGCUCUCACCUUUCUGCUUGAGCGUGAGCGUGAGCACGUCGGACCGCUGGGCAAGCACACCUCAUUGUGGCAAGAGAGAUAUAAUCCGCUUUCUGGGCAGAUAUCAUGGUAUCAUGUCGUUACUCAGCGGGAAACGAAGGAGGAACCGCAAGAAGCGAAAAGUGCUAUUCUUGCGGACGAUAUGGGGCUUGGAAAGACUAUCACCUGUGUCUCUCUUAUUGCAGCAACGCUUCGGUCCGCUCGGGAUUUCAGUGCGUCACCGCUCACACGUCCUGCUUCUCCUUCAGGGUCUCCGGAGCCGGGCUUGGAUCCUUCCCAUUUUGCCGAAAGUGUAUGGGGAAUCCCGGUAAAACAGGAAUCGAAUAACGCUAAAGAGAAGGGGAAGUCUAAUCGAGAGCAGGAUCGAGAACAAGCUGAAUAUGCCAGGGCGUGCAGGAUCAAAGCAAAGAGCCGCGCAACUUUAAUUGUCUGCCCGCUCUCUACUGUAGUCAAUUGGGAAGAUCAGUUUCGGGAGCAUUGGCGGGGUGAAGUGACUGUUGUCGGUGGUGCCGGAGGUACCAUAUGUUCAACACCCAGCACACCACAAACAGGCUUCGCUUCUUCAUCUUUGUAUACGUUUUCAGCGACCUCGCAGCAAGCAGAUGACGUCAAGCUAGAAGUGCAAAAACCUUCCGGACGCGUCCGCGAAGGUACGCCGUUACGUGUGUACGUUUAUCAUGGUAAUGCUCGGCGCCCCGACCCUGCCUUCCUCGCUAAUUUUGACGCGGUCAUUACGACGUACGCCACGCUUGCUUCCGAGUACUCCAAGCAGGUCAAAAGCAUCGCGACUGUUGGGGAAGAGGAGGACGGCGAUAGCAGCAGUGAUGGAGAGGCUGUUAUAGAUGAGAGAGGUAACCAGAUUUUGAAGAUCCCGAGAGCAAAGAAGUCCGGCACGAAAAAAAGGAAGAAAGGGGGUGGGAAGGCCAGCGGAUGCGCGGAAGUAUCUAGUGCGCUGCAAAGCGUGCAUUGGUUCAGGGUUGUUCUCGACGAAGCUCACUCCAUCAAAGAGACUUCGACGGUCGGCUGUCGUGCAUCCUGUGAUCUCGUCGCGGACCGUCGGCUCUGUCUCACGGGCACCCCUGUUCAGAAUAAGUUGGAUGACGUAUACGCUCUCGUCAAAUUCCUUCGUUUGAGUCCUCUAGAUGACAAGGGCGUCUGGACUGAAUUCAUUGGAACGCCCGUCAAGUAUGGUCAACCGCUCGGCGUCGCCCGCCUCCAAACUAUCAUGAAGUGUAUUACCCUCCGUCGUACCAAGGAGUCGAGAGCGGAAGACGGUCGCAAGAUCCUGUCGCUUCCACCGCGUCGAGACGAACUCCGGUAUCUCCGUUUUGACGAGCAGGAGCAGGGCGUCUAUGACCAGUUCUUCACGGAGUCCAAGGCCGAGUUCAACGAGCUUUCAGACAAGAACGAAGUUAUGAAAAACUACGUUGGGAUUCUUCAGAAGAUUCUCCGAUUGCGACAGAUUUGUGAUCACUUUGAGCUCGUGCGAGACAAGGGAAUUGGUGACGGUCAGCAGGGGUCGCCCCUGGCUUAUGAUGAUAUUGUCGCUGCUGUCGCUCGAGAUGGCAUUAAUGCGCAGCGAGCUGCGGCACUCUUUGCUCUACUCAGAGAAGCGGGUAUCACGCAGUGUGUCGAAUGCGGAGGUGAGCUUGCAGGUAGCGCGGAUUCUGCGUUGGGCGACAGCGCCAUCGGGGACGGUGACGGAUCGAGCACACCGAAGCGUGGACGAAAGCCGAAGGCUUCUGCAUCUCGCGCCUCCACACGCCAGAACAGCCCGACCGCGCCACAUCCUGUCCUGACCCGAUGCCAGCAUUUGUUCUGUGUGGGCUGUCUUCGCAAUUCUAUCGCUCCUGGUUGGCCUGGUGGUGCCGGCGAUGUAACGCGGUGUUGCUCAGUGUGUCAAACGGCUCUUUCUGCGGACGACAUUGUCGAGGUUAAUCCUGAUUGCUCCUUGUUGGAUUUUGCACCGAAGAAGAAAGCAGCUAAGAAGGAGAAGAGGCAGAAGGGGAUUGCUAUGGAGAAUUUCCAUCCCUCGACAAAGGUCAGGGCUUUACUCGGCGACCUCAUGCAAUUCUCCAAGGCGAAUCCCUACUCCACAAACUACGACCCGACGUCUAUAGAGGUGCAGAUGGUAGACGGACAAGGUAAUUCUUUGGACGAUGGCGUGGUCAAGACCGUCGUAUUUUCUCAGUGGACCACGAUGCUAGACAAGAUUGAAGAUGCGCUAGAGUUGGCCGGGAUACGAUACGAUCGUUUAGAUGGCACCAUGAAGCGCGACGAGCGGACUCGCGCAAUGGAGGCCUUGAAGCACGACCCCGCUUGCGAAGUACUGCUUGUGAGCCUGAAGGCCGGAGGUGUCGGCCUCAAUCUCACCGCCGCUCAGCGCGUGUACCUCAUGGACCCUUACUGGAACCCUGCCGUAGAAAACCAAGCAGUGGAUCGUAUCCACCGCUUGGGGCAAACCCGGCCUGUCACCACCGUCAAGCUUAUCAUUGAGAAUAGCAUCGAAGCACGUUUACUUGAGGUACAGAGGAAGAAGACCGAGCUCGCGAACAUGACGCUGGGCUCGAGCUUCACAAAGGCCGAAAUGUUACAGCGUCGGAUGGAGGAACUCAACCAACUGUUUGGGACCUAG